GGCGCCUCGGCAGCAGGCAUCCGCACGACGGUCCCAGGCAUCGACUCAUUGGGGGAGGUUGGCCGGUGAUGGCGAAGCUGCUCUUCUUCUGCUGCCGCGCGGCCGCCGCCGUGCCGGGCCACUUUGCGAGCACGCGGUGGCCGUCGCCAGUGGCGGAUCCACCUCCCGGACAGGUCGGGCGGCCGCCCGUGCUCCGUCGAUGUCGUCUUCACUACGAAUAGCUGUCAACACCUAUCAAAAUUAGUCGAUCACCGAAAAACGCUAUUACUCGCCCGGGCUCAACGAUGCCGCUAGCUCCGCCACUGGCCGUCGCUGGCGCAGUGUACGACGACAUCGUGGGCGCGUACCGCGGGUUCAUGCCGUCGCGGACGCGCGCGUUCCUCGUCAUCCACCAUGGCCCGCUCGAGCCGCACGUCCGCUGCCCCUACUGCGGCGCCCGCGUCUGGAGCAUGACCGCCGCGGGGCUCGCCCGCCUCUCCUCCUCUUCCUCCAGCGACGGCGAGCGAAGCGCCGACUCCGACUCCAACCACAGCGACGACGAGUCAUUCGCCGCCGCUGACGUGAGCCUCCCACUUCCUCUGGCUAGCCGCGUGUCAGGCCGGCGCCUUCGAGGCAGGCCGGCCAUGUAACGCAUCAAGCAUUAGCGGUAGUUUUUUUUUUACCGGUGGAUUGGGAUAGUAUUAUUUGGAGUGAGGGCAAUUUAGUCAUUCUUGUAAAAUGUUUUGUU